UGGAAUCGGCAACUCUCGUCUGCUUUCGAGACGUUGCCAUGGCGACACUCCGUCAACUGGACCGCAUUGUUCAGUAGUAUUCACCGUCACUUAAUUCAAAGGACGAGGCAUACAGAGAGUUUUAAGUUUGUAUUGUUCACAGACAACUUUUAUAAUUGUAGUUAAGUUGUAUUGGUGCUACAAUGACCAAACAAGCAGCCACUGUGGGGAGCAGAGUUGGAAAAUGUAUGCUGCACAACUGGACUGAAGAGAGGGCUGUUGCAGCUCUUGGCAUGGAGGAGACAAGGACACAAAUCCAGAGAUAUGGACACAGAGGGAUUCUCACCAUGGACCAGGAGUCUAAAAUGGAGACUGUCACCACGCUUAAAACAGCUUACAUUACUCCGAAGAGUCCAGGGGUGAGGCUGCGGGGCAUCAGAGGCGAGCUUUUGGAAAAACAUAUCGCUCAGAUGAUAAGGGAGGAGGUUCAAGCUGAAUGGACACCACCGAUUCAAAAAACUGACUUCUGCUCCACAACUCAGAAGGAUUUCUUUGUCGAGGGAUUUGUGCCUCUUACCCCUGAAACCACACAGGUUCAUGAUUAUAAAACUGACCAGGCCGUCACAUUUUGGAGUGAAAAUUGCCAGCAGGUCCAGGGUGCGACUGCAGUACACACACUGAAAGCACCUUUCAGGAAGUCGGCCCUGUUCAGCACCCCCAUCAGCGAGCGGCUUGAUGAAAUCGAUCUCCCACCUGACAACUGAGACAGUAUGCCAGACGAUCCUAUUGUAUCACUUCAUUAGCAGUUAGUAUUAAAGCGCUAACUCACUUUAAAGGUUAAUGUCAUUCUCAACAACAGUGGCAAUCAGCUGUCACUGUCAAACCGUGGACGACCGUGAAGUCACUGGAAGGAAUUUAAGCUUUAAGUAUCUAUACUACACAGGAAUAUAAAGAUAUUUAUCCAAAAUGGAA